GGGGACUAUGGCUGAGCCGAUUGAGAUAGUGAAAGCUCGCUGUGACAAGAGGGAUUACAGAAGAGUCGUUCUUGAUAACUCUCUUCAAGUUCUUCUCAUUAGCGAUCCUGAAACUGAUAAGUGUGCUGCUUCAAUGGAUGUCUCUGUAGGCUCUUUUAGUGAUCCCAAGGGUCUGGAAGGCCUUGCCCAUUUUCUUGAACAUAUGCUGUUUUUUGCAAGCGAGAAGUAUCCCUUGGAAAAUAGUUACUCAAACUACAUCUCGGAGCAUGGAGGGUCGACAAAUGCUUUUACAUCUUCUGAGCACACCAACUUUUACUUUGAUGUUAACAGUGACGGUUUUGAAGAAGCUUUAGAUAGAUUUGCUCAGUUUUUCAUCAACCCAUUGAUGUCAGCUGAUGCUACAACAAGAGAGAUAAAAGCUGUUGAUUCAGAAAAUCAAAACAACUUACUAUCAGAUGGUCACAGAAUCUAUCAGGGAGCUGGGAUACUUUGGAAGUACGUCCGAAGGAAAGAGGGUUAGAUAUAAGGCAGGAGCUUCUCAAAUUCUAUGAGGAGAAUUAUUCAUCCAACGUGAUGCAUCUGGUUGUUUAUGCAAAAGAUAGCCUUGAUAAAACCCAAAGCCUAGUACAGAAUGUGUUCCAUAAAAUCCAAAAUACUAGUAGAAGUUGUGCUAUUGAUUGUGGUCAGCCUUGCACAUCAGAGCAUCUACAGAUUCUCGUCAAAGCAGUCCCUAUAAAGCAAGGUCACAAGUUGAGCAUCAAAUGGCCAGUCACCCCUGAGCUCUUUCACUACAAGGAAGGACCUAUCAGCUAUAUAAGUCACUUGAUUGGCCAUGAAGGAGAAGGUUCUUUGUUUUACAGUUUGAAGAAGUUAGGUUGGGCUACUAGCUUAUGGGCUUCUGAAUCAGGAAGAUGCCGGUUCUUCUCUUUUUUUGAAGUAUAUAUUGAACUGACUGAUGCUGGUCAUGACCAUUUUGAGGAAAUUGUAGGACUGCUUUUCAAAUAUAUUCACCUCCUUCAAGAAAAUGGUGUCUGCAAAUGGAUAUUCGAGGAGACAAUGAAUAUGAUGAUGAUGUGAGCAAGAUGGAAGAUGGCAAAAGAUGUGAUGAAGAGGAGGGAAAAAGGAAAUAGAAAACUGAAAAGGAAAGGAGAGAGAGGGGGGACUCACCAAGCAUGUGUGGGCUCUCUGCUAUUUCUGAAACUGAUUUUCAUUAUCAAGACAAGAUUUCGCCCAUUGACUAUGUGGUUUGUAUUGCGUCCAAUAUGCGGGACUACCCUCCAAAAGAUUGGUUGGUGGGGUCUUCUUUACUUUCGAAUUUCAGCCCAGAAAUUAUUGAAACAAUACUCAAUGAACUCAGUCCACACAAUGUUAGAAUAUUUUGGCAAUCUCAAAAUUUUGAGGGACAUACAAACUCCACUGAGCCUUGGUAUGGGACUGCAUAUUCUUCUGAGAAAUUAACCGGUUCCACUAUUGAGCAAUGGAUGAAAAAUGCUCUUCUUGAAGAUUUGCAUCUCCCUGUUCCCAAUUUGUUCAUUCCUACUAAUCUCUCUCUUAAGAGUAUCCCAAACAAGAUGAGUGCUCCAUUUUUAUUGAGAAAAUCCGCUUACUCAAGAUUAUGGUACAAGCCAGAUACAUCAUUCUCUACACCAAAAGCAUAUAUUGUGUUGGACUUUAGAUGUCCCAACUGUGGAAUAUCUCCAGAAUCAUCUCUUCUUACCAACAUUUUCCUACGCUUGGUGAUUGAUGACCUAAAUGAAUACGCCUACUAUGCAGAGAUUGCUGGUCUUGGUUAUUCAGUAAAUAGCUACUAUAACGGUUUCCAGGUAUCUGUUGGUGGAUACAGUCAAAAAAUGACAACGUUGCUGGAGAAAGUAAUUGAUAAACUUCUGAACUUUGAAGUUAAACCAGAUAGAUUCUCUGUUAUAAAGGAAUUGAUGACCAGAAAAUACAAAAAUAUCAAGAGCCAACAGCCUUACGAACAAGCAAUGUACUACUGCUCAUUGACACUGCAGGAGAAAAGUUGGUCUUGGGAUCAUGAACUACAAGUCCUUCCUUCUCUUGAUGUUGAUAGUCUCUCUAGAUUCUACCCUUUGCUGCUGUCAAGAACUUUUCUAGAAUGCUAUGUAACAGGAAAUGCUGAAUCAAAUGAAGCAGAGUCAGUGAUCCAACGCAUUGAAGAUUUACUUUACAAGGGACCACAUCCCAUCUCCCGGGCUUUGUUUGCAUCUGAGCAUUUGACAAGCCGAGUCAUUGAUCUUGCACAAGGCACACAGUAUUUAUACUAUACAGAGGGACUAAAUCCAAGUGAUGAAAAUUCGGCCUUCUCACAUUAUAUUCAGGUUGGCCUUGAUGAGUUUGAGCUGAAUGUAAAACUCCAACUUUUUGAAUUGAUAGCAAAGCAACCGGCCUUUGACCAACUGAGGUCUGUUGAGCAGCUCGGUUACAUUACUUCACUUUCUCGGAGGUAUGAUUCUGGAGUUCGCGGGUUGCAAUUUAUUGUCCAAUCAUCUGUUAAGGAUCCUAGCUAUGUGGAGUCCCGAGUUAGGGAGUUUCUUGCCACAUUCAAGGGUAAGCUGUCAGAGAUGUCCAAUGAUGAAUUUAAGAACAAAGUCAAUGCACUUGUUGAUGUGAAGCUUGAAAAGUUUAAGAAUCUAGGAGAGGAGACUGAUUAUUUCUGGUGGGAAAUUUCUGGCGGAACUUAUAAGUUCAAUAGGGUAGAAAUGGAGGUUAAAGCACUGAAGCAACUGACCAAAGGGGACUUGAUUGGUUUCUUCGAUGAGUAUGUCAGUGUGGAUUCUCCUAAGAGAAAGACAUCGAGCGUGCGAGUCUAUGGCAGCUCUCAUUCAUCAGAGUACAAAGCCGAGAAAUGUGAGUCUGCAGGCCCCAACUUUGUUCACAUUGAGGAUGUUUUCAGUUUCAGGAGAUCUCGCCCUCUGUAUCCCUCAUUCCAAGGAGACAUUAGGAACAUGAAACUCAAAAAGUAAUAUAGCUUCCAUUUAUGUUCGAACUGUAGUACUUGAUGAAGUACUUGUAGGUCUUUGAUCUUUAUAUAUACUUACAAGUUAAAAGCAUCACAAUAAUUGAUCUGUCCACUAUACCACUAUACCGUAAGUAGUGGAGUUAUACACAUGCAUCUAUGAAGUUAUUAAAAAUUUAACAUUCCCCUUUCCGAAGUUUGC